AUGGUCACAGGGAUUAAGGAUAUUACACAAUUUUCGUCUAAAGAAUCAUCAACCGAGCCAAGACUCCAGCCAAUUGAUAUCCCUUGCCAAGAAUGCGAAGGAGAAGAUGAUGUAGAGACUGCAUUAGCAAUAUCCUUGGGGAUGACAGUUGAGCAAUAUCGCUUAUCUCAACAUAACGAAAGAUUUAUUGAUAAUUCAAAACAGUUUAAUGAAGAUCUUGAAAAUGCUCUCAAAAUAUCAAAAGAAAUAAGCACUGUACCUGAACCAAACUCUUACGAAAUGAAAACAUUUAGCUCAAGUUCCCAAGUUAUAAGUGUAGCAUUUAGAACUGACAGAAUGGUUAUAGAAGAAAAAAUUUUGAAUAGCCUGAACCAAUCACAAGACAAAUUGGAAAUUAAAAAUAUUAAAGUAAUCAAAAAGAAUUUAGAUGAGCUGCUGAGGAAAGCAUUGUCAGCAGAUAAAAUGUUUAUCUCUUAA